UUCUCAUGGUGACCGAUCUCCUUCGUUCCCUUGUGCCCGCAGUUGCUGCUAUCUUCGUCAUUGUUGUUGUUGUCUUGGCUGAGCUCGCACUCUCAGUACAAGGGGUGGGGGCGAAGGAUGGGAUUGGGGAAGCGGAGGGAGGAAGCGGGCCAGCGAUCGCACCUCGUUGGGGAUAUUCGCAUAUCGCACCUGGUCCAAUCGAUGGAUGUGAGGGAAGCGACGAUUGCGAUUGGGAAGGGAGGCGAGGUAGUUGGGGUAGAGGGUACAAAGAGUGGGCAAGAGGGCCGCGAGAAACUGCUCAUGGUGAUUGCAGGCGGGGAUUGUCCCUGUAAUCAGGCAUUAUACUUCAAUAUAAUUGAAGUCUCACCAUGCCACGCUGAAGAGGAGAAUGUCAAGGCGGAAGAAGGGGACGAGGGACUGUGUAAUGGGGUCGGGGAGAACGUCACAGACAAGGCAGGUAGCGUAGUACUGAUGGAACAAGGAGGGGGGGAAAGGGUGCCAAGUAUUAGGAAAUGGUGGGUGGUCUUCGAUUCGGCGGAGGGUGAGGUAGUCAAGGGGACGGCGGGAUAAUGAUCGGGCACGUCGCCCGAUCGCCAACAUUUCGA